CAUGGUAUGAAAAGUCAUGAUUGCCACAUUUUUAUGGAACAAUUGCUACCAAUUGCGUUUGGCUCUCUACCCAAACAUGUGAUUAACCCACUAACAGAAAUUAGUCAUUUCUUUAGAGAUAUUUGUGCUUCAACUUUAAGAGUGGACGACAUCAUUAAGUUGGACCAAAAUAUUCCAGUCAUUCUCUGUAAGUUGGAACAAAUAUUUCCGCCUGGUUUUUUUGACUCCAUGGAACAUCUACCUGUGCAUCUUGCAUAUGAAGCUUAUCUUGGAGGACCUGUUCAUUAUAGGUGGAUGUAUCCCUUUGAAAGGUUUAUGGGUGAUUCUAAGCGGUCAGUGAAAAAUAAAGCUAGGGUUGAAGGGUCAAUAUGUGCACAUUACUUGCAUCGGGAGACAACACAUUUUUGCAGUCAUUAUUUCAACAACUUGGUGUUAACUCCAAGAAUCAUAAGGAAUCCGGUAAAUGUUAAUGAGAGAAGUCAAUUCACAUUAUCAGUCUUCGGGCUUCCAGGCCGUCCAUCUGGAAAGAAGGUUGUUCAUUGGUUGACCCAACAAGAAAUGCAAUCUGCACAUGUUCAUGUCUUGAUCAACUGCGCUGAAGUUAAACCAUAUCUUGAGGAAUUCAACAACUUCUAUUUGCAAAGUACCGGUGUACAAUCAACAUCCAGUGUCAUUCAUGAUCAAUUUCCAAUAUGGUUCAAACAUAGAUUGUCAGGCAUUGUUACACCGACUCCAGAAAUACUCCAUUUGAGAAGUUUAUCUGAAGGCCCUAAUCGAAGCGCAAACGAAUGGCACACGUAUUUCGUGAACGGAUAUAAAUUUCACACUGAGACUUGGACUGAAGGGAAAAAAACAAAAAACAGUGGUGUAUUUGUAAAAGGAGUUACUGAUGGGGGUGAAGAUGACUUCUAUGGCUUUGUUAAACAUAUCUACGAGUUGGAAUACAAUUACUUGGACUCCGAAAAUAAAGUUGUCUUAUUUUAUUGUGAAUGGUAUGAUCCAACUAGAGGAACAAAAAUAGACAAGACAUAUGGUACUGUUGAGAUUCAAAUGGGCCGAAGGUACAAACAGUAUGACCCUUUCAUAAUGUCACAUGUUGUUAGGCAAGUUUAUUAUGUUCCUUAUCCUUCAUUUGUGCCACGUAAACGAGGCUGUUGUGUUGUAAUUAAAACAAAACCAUUGGCCCAUAUUGAAAGUGGCGAUCUAGUGGAAGAUCUUCCUUUCCAAGUUGAUGAAGUUGGACCAAUUAAUGAGGUGAUUGCAGUUGAACAAAUUACAAGUUUGUCUGAUACAACAGUUGAGGGGUAUGAAGUUGAGGCGUCUAUAUUGUUGGUUGAAGAUAAUAUCGACGGAGAGCAUGAUGAGAAUGUCACAUCAGAUGACGAGAAUGAUAUGGAUGAAGAGCAUGAUGAUAAUGAUAAUGAUAUGGAUGAAGAGCAUGAUGAUAAUGAUAAUGAUAUGGAUGAAGAGCAUGAUGAUAAUGAUAAUGAUAAUGAUGUAUAUUAAUGAGAACAUGUGUUUGUAAUUAUACUAAUGAACCAUCCAUUGAAUGUUUUAAUGAAGAUAUAUAUAUUAAUGAAAAUGUGUGGUUUGAAUAUUUAUAUAUUUGAUUAAUUGUGUAUUCUAUAUAAAUAGGUAAAAUGCGACCCCAAUCUGAGAAGACUA